AUGCAGAAUCUGCGAGAACGGACGGCCCGACAGAUUGCCGACACCAAGCAGUUUGCCGUCCAGGGAGUGGUGAAGUCCUUCAUCGAGGUGGCUGAUAACCUGGAUCUGGCAAUAGGGUCUGUUCCUGAGAAGGAGCUGGAAGGGGGUGAGGACGUCGAUGUGGAGAGGGCGCUCACCCUCCUGAAGCGGCUUCGGGAUGGAGUGGUCAUGACGGAGAGCAUCAUGCUCAAGCUGCUGGAGAAGGAGGGUGUGAGGAAGUAUGAUCCCCAGGGCGAGCCCUUCGACCCCAACCUUCACAACGCCAUGUUCCGUGUGCCCAACUCCGGGGUCAAGUCUGGGCAUGUGGCCCACGUCAUUAAGAACCAGACCAUCCGGCCGCGCCCCCAGGCGACAGCAAACCCGCAACCCUUGCGUCGAUCGACCGCUGCCCCCCAGCCCAGCGUGGAGCUCGCCUACUCCACGGGCUGGUCCGGCGCGAGUCUGCAUGGAUCCAUUGCUGGACAGGAGUGGCAGACCCUGGGCCUCAAGCCCGUGGUGUCUGGGGCUGGUGCCUGGCACCACCUGAACCUGCCCGUGCCGGCCCAGGGCAAUCCCCCGACGCCCCUCCUGGAGUUUGUCAUGACAAACGGGGCAUCGGGAUGGGACAAGCCCACGGAAGGUGGGCACUACACCAUCGCCGCGCCCGGCCGGUACUGCCUGCAGCACGGGCGGGUGGAGAGCGUGGCCCACUCCCGUCGCCUGCUCCUGGUCACCGACCUGGACGACACGCUGGUGGGCGACGACGAAGCCACCGCCGCCUUCCGCGACUGGUGGCUGGCGCGCGCCAUGCCCGCCGGCGCGCGCCUGGUGUACAACACGGGGCGCGCGCUGGGCCUGUUCGAGGACCUGCUCUGCGCCAAGCGCGGCCUGCUGCCGGAGCCCGACCUGCUCCUGUCGGCGGCCGUGCGUGACGCGGCCUACGCGGCGCUGGCAGCGGUGGGGCGGGACGCCAUGCACUUCCGCCCGCCCGCAGAGCAGAACGAGCACAAGGUGACCUGCGGUGUCCACGUGGGCGCGCUGGCGCGCGUCGCGCAGGACGUGCGCGAGCGGCUGGCCAGGCAUGGGGUGCAGCUGCGCCUCGUCGCCAGCGGCGUCGGCGACUGGAGGUUCCUGGACCUGGUCCCGAUGGCGGCCGGCAAGCGGCAGGCGAUGGACUUUGCGGCGGAGACGCUGGGGUUCAGGCACGAGGACAUCGUGGCGGCGGGCGACAGCGGCAACGAUGUGGACAUGCUGGAGGGGGCGCCCGCUGCCAUCGUGGUCGCCAAUGCCCAGCCAGACCUGCUGGAGUGGGUGGAGCGCAGCCGCUCCCCGGGGGUUAUCCGGACCCGUGGAUCCCGGGCCUGGGGCAUCCUGGAGGGUCUGGAGCGGCUGGGGUGCGGGUUCCAGCCGCCCACGCUCUGA